GACAUGGGCGCCAACAUCGGGGUGUACACAAUGUUUGCUGCCGCCAGCGGCGCCACAGUUCUGUCCGUGGAGAUGUUGCCCGUCAACGUCCAUCAGAUCCAAAACUCUCUGGCGGUCAGUGGACUGAGUGACCAGGUGACCUUGGUCAACAACGCCCUCUACAGUGACCACCGCUCGCUCACAGCCAACUUCAUCCGUGGUAACGUCGGAGCGACACACCUGAACGUGUCUAAAACAAACUUCGCUCGCUACGGCAUGAAGGAGGACAACAGUCACACUGUCACAGUAAACACCAUCUGUAUCGACGACCUGAUCCCUUUGCUCAAGUCCAAAAAGGUCUUUAUCAAGAUCGACAUCGAGAGAACCGAAGCUAAAGCGCUGUCAUGUGCUCACAAAUUCUUUGACCAAGUGGAUGUGCGGGCGAUUCAAAUGGAGUGGUUGGCGAAGUCGAACGAUGAUAUUGUAAGGGUCAACAAGUUUAUGGAGGAGCAUGGCUUUAAAUCGUCCAAGAGCGCCUUGAAAUACAUCCCACUGAGCACGGCUGUAGGGGCGUACCCGGGGAUGGAUGUGUAUUUUAUCAAAGUCUGAUUCUGCGUCAUAAUAGAAGUACCAAGAACAAUCACACACACAAACACACACACACACACACACACACACACACACACACACACACACACACACACACACACACACACACGGCAUUGUCUGAUAUUC